AUGCAGUUCACCAUCGCCACUAUCGCCGCCAUCGCUGCAUUCGUCGCACCCAUUGCAGCUGGACCUGCAGCCAACGCUCCCGUUGGUGCUUUCAGCCUGAGCAAGCGCGGUGUUCCAAUCCCCGCUUCCAAAGGCAAUGUCGCCCUCAAGGCCCCCCAGACCGUCUCUGGUACCUUCGACGGUGGCAUGAAGACUUACGGCCGCGGUGUGUCGUGCACUGGCCAGACUGAGGGCGGAGACAAGGACGCUGUGUUCAUUGUUGAGAACGGCGGAACUCUCAAAAACGCUAUCAUUGGCAAGGACCAGAUCGAGGGUGUCCACUGCAAGGGAGCCUGCACAAUUGAAAACGUCUGGUGGGUCGAUGUCUGUGAGGAUGCUCUCUCCCUCAAGGGUAACGGUGACGCCACUAUCCGUGGUGGAGGUGCCCAAGCUGCGUCCGACAAGGUUAUCCAGCAAAAUGGUCAGGGAACUGUUACCAUCGACGGCUUCCAGGUCUCCGACUUCGGCAAACUCUACCGUGCCUGCGGUAACUGCAAGAACUCCGUUUCUCGUAGUGUCGUUGUCAAGAACGUCAAGGCCGUCAACGGAAAGACUCUUGUUGGUAUCAACCCCAACUUCGGUGGUACUGCCACCAUCACCGGAACCUGCGCCACUAGCGUCAAGACCAUCUGCGAGGAGUUCAAGGGUACGACGCCCGGCAAUGAGCCCCAGUCCGUUUCCAAUGGCCCCUCCGCCAACUGCAAGUACACUGCUUCUGCGAUCAAGGCUUGCUAG